AGAAAAAGAACAUUGGCAGCACUGCGGCAAUGGCGAAGAAUCACGUAGGUUACGUUUGAUGCGACGAUACCGUUCGUGUCCCUCGCCCUCGAAGGCUCGAAGGUAUCGCGCAUCAAUCGCGACACAUGGAGAGAACGAUGUCGGAACAAGCGGCUUCGCAGACGCAAACGGAAACGAUCUCCGAGGUGGACGUCACCGAUUCCGGAUCGCAGGACGUACCUACUGUACGAUUACGUUUACGAAAGCCAAAAUCUAGUAAAAAGGUCCAAUGGACUCAGGGGACUGUAGACAAUGAAAAUUUAAACAAAAAGAAAUCAAAAUGUUGUUGUAUUUAUGAAAAACCAAAAACUUUUGGUGAAAGUAGUUCUGAAGAUAGUGAUGAUGAAUGCGAACAUUGUCAUGGACAUAAAGAUGCUCACAAGAAAGUUUUAUCAAAAACUGGUGAUACUACGCGAGAAGGAAUGUCAUCACAUCCCGAACCGAUUGCAACAGGUUCAACAUAAGUGUUUCUAUGCUUAUUGACAACUUUUCCCUAAAUGGAAAAUCCAAUUCCUUUGCUAUUUCUCGAGUCAAUGUUACAUAGAAAAAAAAAAUCGUGGAUUGUAGAUUGCAUUAUUCUUUUAGGUAUGCAAAUAUUAAGUAUGAUUUUGCACUAGUACAUGUGAUAUUUGUAUUACAGUGCUUUAGCAAUGUUGCGCGGAAAAUUAUAAAGUGUUGCUCAUAUUGUUAAUUAUUAUACAGUUCAUAGUGUCUUAAAAAUAGUAAAUUCACACAUAUUCUUUAGAAAAUAACAAUCCAUUCCAUAGUUUAAUUAAUUAAGCGAAUUAAUAUCACUCUCUUUGUAUAUGUUGUUAUCUGUUAUUUACUAUUUACUAAUAGAGAAAGCUAGAUUUUAUACUAAAAAAUAUUAUUUUAUGACUUGGAUUAACGAUAUAAUUAUAAUAUUAUGAUAUUGGUUCAUAUAUCGUAAACAGAUCGAGUUUGGUUAUUUUCUGACGUACAAAAAGAAUAAGAAUAUGUCAAAAUUUCAUUUUUGUUCAAGAGAUUUAUUACAUUUAUAAUCUUAUAACAUAAUUGCUUUAUAAUACAAGCACAAAAAAAUAAAGUAAUGUAUUACAAAAUACGACAUGUAUUGUCGUACAACAUAAUUGUUAGUUAUAUCAUCUUACAUAUGACAAAGAAAAAGAAGAUAUAAAAUAGUGCA